AUGGAACUACGACAAUGGGCCUGGUCUGCCGGGGAAUUAACCGGUGAAGGAAUUCUGGUGACAGGGACAAACGACGUGGAUCUGUCCAGCGAGUCUUAUGAAAAAGAAAGAGCUCAUCUGACUCCAGUGCUCGGCAUGAUGUGGGAUCGAAGAGAAGAUGAGAUGUGGUUGGAGUGGAAGAAUCAGGAAUCUUUUGCGGUUGUCUCCAAGCGUACAAUUUUGUCGGUGGUCAGUCGAGUCUACGAUCCAAUCGGGGUUUUGUGUCCUGUCCUUCUGAAGCCUAAGAAGAUGCUGCAACGAGCGUGGUUGGCAAAGAGAUCUUGGGAUGAAGCUUUGGAAGAGGAAUUAAUUUCCGAGUUUAAGACCUGGUACGAGGAGCUAUCUUACCUCUCAGCUAUUCGCAUCCCUCGGAACGUUACCGGAGGCAAUAUCGAUCGUGAAAGCUGGCAGUUACAUGUAUUUUCUGAUGCUAGUCAAGAUGCUUAUGCAGCGGUCGUUUAUCUGCAAACCCAGGGGAUUGAUGGUGUUUCAGUGCAGCUGAUUCAAGCCAAAGUUAGAGUAGCUCCGAUCAAAAAGGUUUGUAUUCAUCGUUUGGAAUUAUUUGGGUGUGUCAUCGCGGUCAGACAGGCUACAAACGUGAAGAUAUUUUUGGAACUCGAAGAAGUACCGACGUUUUACUGGACUGAUUCCGCAACAGCCCUAGCGUGGAUUCGUCGUAACGACCAGUGGGGUACGCUGGUCGGCAAUCGAGUGAAGGAGAUCCUGUCCUGCUCUAAUGUUGAAAACUGGCGCCAUGUUCCUGGAAAUCUUAACCCGGCGGAUCUGCCGUCACGGGGCUGUACGGCGAAACAGCUCAGGGUUUCUAGAUGGUGGAUGGGCCCAGCUUGGUUGAGAAAUGGACCGCAGGAUUGGCAGUUCGUAGUACCUUUGAGAAGAAUGUCCGAGCCUUAG